GUAAGAGCGAGAGAUAAAAUCCGGCCUUCUCAUGCUACGCUAGUUCAUCGUAGUGACGGCGGCAUCAAUUUCUGAAUUAAUUACCAUUUGUCGCAAAAACUGCGCGUCCUUUGCCUUUCUAUACUUAAAAUUUUCUUCCCGUGUAGGUUGUGUUAAAUUGUGAUCUAAAUGGCAUCGGACGAGGAGGUAGACGGUUCUUUUGCAGGUGACGAGGAUGUUGAGGAAGGUGAGGGUCAGAACGAGAAUUCUGCAGAAAGUGAUGAAGCACCUCCUAAGGAGGAUGAUGAUUACUCACCAGAGGACGGAAGAAAGAAGAAAAAAGGAAAGAAAAGGAAAGCCAGAGGUGAAGAAAAGAAAGGCAGAAAGAAGAAAAAGAAGAGAAAGAAUGAAAGUGAAGAAGAUGAUGACUUUGGUCUUGAAGUUGAGGCCGAAGGUGACAGUGAUUAUGCACUAAGUGCUGUGUCGUCCAGUAAGAAGUCUCGGAAGGGCCGUGGCAGCAAACACAAUACUUCCAAUCCAGUGGCUUCAGAUUCAGGAUCUGGUAUGCCAACAGUUGAGGAGGUGUGCUCCUCAUUUGGUCUCACAGAUGUGGACAUUCAGUACACUGAUGCAGAUCUUGAGAAUUUGACUAGUUAUAAACUCUUUCAGCAACAUGUGCGACCUUUUAUUGUUAAAGAAAAUCCAAAGGUACCAGUGUCAAAAUUGAUGAUGCUAGUAGCAGCAAAAUGGAGGCUUUUCUGUGAAACAAAUCCACAUCUCGAUGGUGGGACCAAUCAGAACAUUGGAGGUUCAGAAGAAAACACAAACACUUCAACUGCAUCAGAUUAUGCGCCUAAGCGAGGUGGUCGGCCGCCAAAAGAAAACAAGAUCGAGGAUUCAAUAGACGAGCCGGAAGAGGAAGACGACGAGGGCAUCAGCGACGAAGGCACGCCGGCGCCGCGCAAGCGCGGCCGCAAGCCCAAGCACGGCGCUAGCUCGACGCCGCGGGGCAAGCCGGGCAGGAAGCCUAAAGUACCCACGCUCAAGAUCAAGUUUAGCAAGCGGAAGCGGACCAGCAGUGUGAGUUUGUGUUGUGGUUGAGGGUAGUUUGGUUUA